AAUGUUCCAUGGUUUUCAUUUGUUUUUUCUAGAUGUUUAUCAUUGAGUAAAGUAUUAGAUCUUCUUCAAAGUCAAAAUUUUUUCUUCUAUUUUUAAUACAUGAAAAAUAUACUAAUUUAACGAGGAAUGAACACGUAUCGGGUUUGUUCCGAAUUUAUUCGCUAGGAUCAUUGUCAUUACUUUCACUUUUCACGCAAUUUGCUCUAAUCACUGGUUCUAGUGUGUAUCAAAAGCCGUCGCCAUGGAUGACACCAUGUCGACCCUAACGAAAAUGACCCGCACGGUUAAGAAACUCGAAGUACCCAGACCCUUGAAAUCGACGACCAGUUCUGCACUUAACCGCAACUCCGUUUUAGAUGUUAAAAUAAAUUCUGUUGAUGACCUACUAACUUUGACGGAGACUGUGGCGUAUCAAAUGAUGCAGGGGAAUUUUGACCGUGCGCUUCAAAGCAAUGUCUGCACUAUGUAUGCUAACCUUAAACUUUAUGGUGCCCAGCUCGAAGCGAAAUAUAAGGACUUUCUUGACAGUAUUUUCAGAUUCUUCGUCGUUUUCCGUAAUGGAUCUCAGGAUGAGCGGCUAGAUAAGAAAACAAGACUUUAUCUGCUUGAGCUAAUCGAGUUGCGCGCUAAAAACUGGCAGACCAAUGACCCCAUGAAUGAAUACUACAAGCACCGUGGCACACAUGCUGAGCCUCUGCUGGUGCCGACGAUGGAGGGCACGGGGCGCUCCGUGUCGCCGCCGCCGAGCCCCGCGCCGGAGCCGGCCGCGCUGCUGGCGCCGGGCGAGCUCAUCAAGACGUCGGGCAAGUUCCCCAAGCCCACCAAGAUUCCUGGCAAGAACUACUCCAAGGACGAGGUGGUCAUCCGCAACGCUGACUCCGGGAAAGUGAUGGGUAUCAAGGGCAGGCGGGUGCACAUGAUCGAGGAGCUAAGCGACACGAUCAUAUCGUUUCAGCGAGUGAGCCCUGGAGCCAAGGAGCGUCUCGUUCAGAUCACUGGACCUAAUGAAGAAAAUGUCAACCACGCCAAACAUCUGAUCGGGGACACGAUCCGGCGCAAUGCAUCGCCGGUACGACUAGAGGGGUCUAUGGAAGGCAGGGCGCUGGCCACUUCGCGCGCUUCUCUCGACUCCAACGGCUCAGAUGAACGUCCGCGAGAGAAGUCACCCCACAACAAUUCCAGAGCUUUACUUCACAGUUUCUCGACAAACGACGCCGCAUUGGGAGAGUAUAAAUACACUGUCACUUUUGGAGAACAUUCCAUCAAGAUCACUGGCCAUAAUUUGCAACUUGUUCAGGAGGCUAAACUAGCGCUUGAUGCGUAUUUCGACAACACAGGUGUUAUGGAGUCCCUCUCAGUUGGUGCUGGCGGUUUCUUUAAUGUGGGGCACCCGCCGGCCUCGGCCUUGCUCAUGGGCGAUGACGUCGCACUCAACGGCGCUGACGACGAGGUGUUUGUGAGCAACGCGCCCAACAGCCUCAACGACGACCAACAAGCGGAAGGCGACGCCGCGCCGCGCCGCCCGCGCUUCUCGCGCGCCGCCUCCACCGACAAGAGCGCAGGUGCCGGGAUGCGGCAGAUGUACUCGUACGAGACGCUGGUGCAGUACGCGGACUCGCCGCUGAGCAAGACGCCGCCCACCGGCUUCGACGCCUUCCCGGCCGAGCUGGCGCGCAAGAGUUGCCUGGAGUUCGAUAGCGUCAGCUACCUGAAGCGCGUGCGCGCGGCCGGCGGCGUCACCAUCGCGCAAGACGUGCCCGACUCGCCCGAGCCCGAGUGACUCGAACGCGCGCGCUCGCGCCCGCACCGCCCCUUCCCUCCUGUCGCACCGAUCAGCACGUUGCACUUAGAUAUGUACAACAGAAAACGGGCGAGCGGUUGACUUUAUAUCUCAUUGGUUGAAUUUAUAUCUCAUUGAUACGCCACUGUUAA